AGCGGAUGGGCAGAGUAAGAGGGAGGGGCCCGAAUUUAGAGGCAGGUGUUGGAGAAUAAUCUCCCACCUGUCUUAGAAGGAGGGGUCGCCCUGAGUGUUUUUUCCGCCGCAGUCGACUCGGUCUUUACGGCAGGCCUGGGGAAUUGGGUCCUGGCGGUUUCCCCCGGUAGUUCUUCGUCUCGUCUGCCGAACAGGGAAAGAAUUUUACUUUCUCGCUGAGUCCAGAGGGUAGAGCUGAUUUGGCUGAGAAUUCGAAGGUGGACAAGCAUCACUUUCCAGAGAAGAUGACUUCUAAAGCCUGUGUGCCUCCAGAUAUCAAUCAAGAUGAAAAUUUUGUUGAGGAAAAGAAUAGAUUACAAACAUUUGCUAAUUUUCCGAGUAGUAGCCCAGUUUCAGCAUCAACACUGGCACGAGCAGGUUUUAUCUAUACUGGUGAAGGAGAUACUGUGAAGUGCUUUAGCUGUCAUGCAGCUGUAGAUAGAUGGCAGUUUGGAGACUCGGCAGUUGGAAGGCAUAGGAAAGUUUCUCCAAACUGUGGAUUUAUUAAUGGUUUUUGUUUGGACAGAAAUGCUCCACAGGUUCCAAAUCCCAUUGCCCCAAACUGUCCGUAUAGAGUUGAAAAUUGUUCAGUGAAUUUAAGUCAUUUUGUUUUGGAGAGGCCCCUUGAAACUUACAAGGAAUAUCUUUUGAGAAGAGGGCAGGUCAUUGAUGUAGCAGAUACCAUAUUCCCAAGGAAUCCUGCUAUGUGCAGUGAAGAAGCUAGACUGAGAUCUUUUCGUAAUUGGCCAGAGUAUAUUCACCUUACCCCAGAAGAGUUAGCAAGCGCUGGACUCUAUUACUUGGGUAUUGAUGAUCAAGUGCAGUGUUUUUGCUGUGGGGGCAAAUUAAAGAAUUGGGAACCAUGUGAUCGGGCAAUGUCUGAACACAGGAGGCAUUUCCCUAAGUGUUUUUUUGUUUUGGGACGGGAUGUUGGUAAUACUCCAAUUAAAAGUACCGCCAGUCUUGAUAGGAGUUGUCCAAACCCAACCUAUAUCCCAAAGAAUCCAGCUAUGGCAGAUUAUGAAGCACGACUCCUUUCUUUUGCAACAUGGGUAUUCUCGAUUAACAAGGAGCAGCUUGCAAAAGCUGGAUUUUAUGCUAUCGGUGACCGUGAUAAAGUAACAUGCUUUCAUUGUGGAGGUGGACUUAGUGAUUGGAGACCCACUGAAGACCCUUGGGAGCAACAUGCUAAGUGGUAUCCAGGAUGCAAAUUUCUGUUAGAAAAGAAGGGCCAGGAAUAUAUCAACGAUAUUCAUUUAAAGAAUUCACUUGACAAUUCUGUGGCAUCAUUUGGCAAAAGACCAUCAGUAACUAGAGAAAUUGGUUAUAUUGUGUUAGAAAGUCCUUUGGUACAAGAUGCAAUGCGAAUGGGUUUCAGUUUUUAUGAGGUUACAAAAACCAUGGAAGAAAAGGUAAAAGCGACUGGAAGCAACUAUCAAUCACUUGAGGUUCUAGUAGCAGAUCUAGUGAAUGCUGAGGAAGCACGUACAAGAGGAGCAUCAAGUUCAUCACAGAAAGAGAUUAGUACUGAAGAACAGCUCAGGCGUCUGCAAGAGGAAAAGUUGUGUAAGAUCUGCAUGGAUGAGAACAUUGCUGUCGUUUUCAUCCCUUGUGGACAUCUGGUUACUUGUAAAUCCUGUGCUGAAGUAAUUGACAAAUGUCCGAUGUGUUAUACUGUCAUUACUUUCAAGCAAAAAAUUUUCAUGUCCUAAUUGCAAUUCUGUAGUUGGAUUAGUCUGGUCUUUCUAUUGGCUUCACUGUGCUAUGAGAUGCUACUUGAGUGGCUUUUGAUUAUAGAUGAAGGAUGGAAUAAUAUCCUCAAUGAUAAUUUUUUCUAAAAACUGACCAGGUUAAUUCCUUGAAAUGUCUUUGAAACCUUUGUGAAGUGUUUUCUAUUUUGUUUUCUUAUUUCACAGUAAGCAGUAGAAUAAGAAUCUAUACCCAAACUGACCAAAGUGUCUGCUCCUAAGCUAUGCUAUUUCCUAUUGACUUGAUUAUGUGAUAAGAAGCCACUUGAGUGGCUUUUGAUAUGUGAAGGAAGAAAUAAUGCAGACAAUGAUAACUCUUCCUAAAAACCAAACAGGUUCAUCCCUUGAAAUGUCUUUGACGCCUUAGCAUAGCAUCUAUCUCAUUUGUUUUGUAUUUCACAGUAAUCAGUAGAGUAGAAAGCUAUCUCCAAAUGGACCAAAGUGUGCUAAAUGGGUGUCAAUGUAAGGGGCUUAAUCAGCUGGGAAUUUUUGUCUUAUAAAAGACUUGGCAAAAACCUCCUAAGUCACUGUGGAGAUUGUGAUUAACCUGACCAGUCAGUUCUUUGUUCAUAAGAGGAAAGAACUAUCUAGGCAGUCAUGAAACAACAAGGCUAAUUUAUAUAGUUUUUCUUUUAAGUAAUUAGAAUUAAAACUGAAAUACUAUAGAACAAAGGUAUAUGAGAAUGGUGAAAGAAAAACAAUUCUUUUUGAUAUUUAAGUAAUUAUUUAUGAUUUAAAGGCUUAAUAGUGUUGAAACACCUACAAAUAUUAGUUGUCACUCAGCAUUGGUUUUCCUAAUUCUUCCAAGAAUGGAAGGCUUUUCCUUUUAGAUUGGUACUGAAAAGCUUUAAACAUCUUGUAGCACUUCGGGGCGGGGGAAGAAAUUUCCCCCAGUCUCUUGUUUCCAAGUCAAAUAUUUCUGGUUUCCUAAAAUUGAGGAUGGAAAAGACUCCUCAUUCAUAAGUAAGACACUGAACACUUUGCUCAUUUAAGGCUGCCUAAGUUAUUCUCCAGAACUUCCAGAAGAUUUUUAUUAACCUGGUGUAAAACCUGGCAGCCAAGGUAAGGAAAAGUAGAAUAAUGUUUGUUCACUGACUGCUUGCCAGCCCCAGUGGAAAAUAGCCUCUUUCUCCUUUGAACUCCCAAGGCACCUCACUGUAAACUUUCACGCUUUAUCCUUGUAUUUAUAUUUAUUUGUGAACUUGUUUUAGUUUCCCAGCUGGACUCUAUGUUCCUUAAAGGCAGGGAAGACUUUGCAUCUUAUUCUUUAUAUCUCCUACAGAGCAUAGCAUGGGGCUCUGGGCAUACUAAGUGCUCAAUAAAUACUUGUUGUUUGGCAAAUAUGAUUAUAUUAUUGGCUUUUAGUGUAACUAUUUUAAUGUCCUCUGCCCUCUCUUUCUUCCUGCUGUGAGCACCCAUUAAGUGCAGUUCCAAUGGUGUUCAAAACUACUGGUAUCUUGGACCCUAGAGCAUGUAAUACUUGGUGGGAAGGGAAGCACUAGUUAUAAAAAUCCUAAGUAUCGACAAGGACAUAACAAAUCAAACAGAUUUUUAUGUAUUGUCAAGAUUACAUAGAAGCACUCCUGAAUUAAGAAUACUUAGCUAUAAUAAUGAAGGUUGCCUAAUGUUGUAAGGAGUACCUCAGGGGCUUGCAUUAAGAGAGCCUCCUGAUACAACACUUGACAUCGAGGCAUUUUACUUCACAGAAGAGGUUCAAAAUAAAACCAUUAAAGCUGUUAUUCAAAACAUAUUUUGCAAGAGAAAGAUUAGUCAUGCCCUCCUCCGAACUUCAUCUGAUAUUGCUUUAAGUUAGCUUUGCACAGUCUUAGGUGAGAUUUUUUUUUUCAAAUAAAUGGCUUUUUUCCCCGUUCUUAUUCCCUGAAUCCUGGGUUUCCCCAAGUCUGCGUUGUCUUUGAUUUAAGCUGAGUUAUGUAUUUUGUUUACAUAUUACACAUAUCUAAGUUUAUCAUUCCUUUUAAGGAGGAAUAAGUGUUAUGGCCCACGUGUUAAGGAAAUUCAUUUUUUUUUAAAGUGCUGCGGCCUAACACUUAAAGUUGAACUUAGUUAUUAGCAAAGGCUAGAUUAUUUGAAGGGGAGAAAUUCCUCUUCGAAGAGCCUAAGUUAAGUUAAACUGUGGGUUCUUUAGAAACCUAUAUGUUUGGAAGAAAGUAGGGGUUGGUUGAGGGUUUUUUUUUUUGUUUUUGUUUUUUUUGUUGUUGUUGUUGUUGUUGUUGUUGUUUUUUAGAAGCAGGCAAAGACUAUCACCAUGAGUGGUGACAUUUAAAGCUAGUGUGGUGGCUAACGAGUUCUAUUUUAGGAGUUGUUUGGAAAAUACUGUUGCUUUGGGUUCUUCAAGUCACUCCAGCUUCUAGUCCUCUUAUUUUAAGACUGGUGUAUUUGGCCACUUGUGAAAGGAGAGACAGGGUAGUUUAGAGAAGACAGUGAUGGAUUUGGAGCCAGGAGACCUAGGUUUAAGGCCUGGCUCCCAUACUGUGUGACCCUGGGCAAAUCACGUCAACCUUCAGAGCCUUGGUGUCUACAAAUAUAAAAUGGGAGAUAUUUUACACUAAAUACCUCAUAGGAUUGUGGUUGGGAAAGUAUUUUGUAAACUGUAGAGUACUGCAACAAUGGGAGCCACUCACCAUAUUUCAGAAAUGUCAUUUCAUCUGUGAGAGUAUCUUAUCUACUAAUGCCAGUCGUCAUAAGCUGUCCACAAUUUAAAAGCUUCUUGAACCCUCCAAUGAACCUCUCUUUGGCCAGCCUAGCAUUAAGCUGCUCAGAACCUUACUAGGCUAGUCCUUAGACAACAGACCAAACAGUUCAUCAUCAGACCCAUCCUUGAAGCCUUUCUGGCUUGAUGUAAAUAAUUGUUUAAUUUAUUUAAAUGUAUAAAUUAGCACUUCAUUGUAUACCAUUCUUAAAUUUGUAUACCAGUCUUAAAAUAGCAGUGUGUGAUUUCAAUGCUGUAUUUCAACUUUUUAGAAGGAGUUAUAAUAGGACAAACAGCAAAACUAGGUUUAGCAUUCAUCUGUAGUUUGGAUGGUCUUUUGUUAGCUUGUUGUUUUCUUUAAAAUGCAUCUAUUAGAGAAAAAUGAGCAGAAUGGGGAAUAACAUAGCUUUUUUUGAGGGGGGGAGAAAUUAGUGGGAUAGAUUGUCAAACAGAUAAUGACACUUUUGGUCAAACCCACUAAAAAGAUAGCAGGUUAUAUUGGUGGGCACUCCAGAAAAGGAAGGAGAAAGGGCCUUCUCAUUUCCAUCUGGGUUUAAGUAUUCCCUCAAAUUUGAGACAAGUACUAUAGAAAUGUCAUUUGUUAUUAAGGCAGAAUCUUCCCACAUCACUGUGUUAAAUUCACCCCUUGAAGAAAGGUCAUUGUCAUUGCUCCAAGGAGCCUUGCUCCUAAUUUUUGAGGACUGUAUGGACCAGAAGAGACUACUAUUCAGAAUGAUAAUAUUAUAGUAUUUUCAUUGUUCUCCCAAAAGGGGGAGAAUCAGUUGAAAUAGGCCUUUUAAGGGUUUGUAUUGAUAUAUGAUUAUCAGCAUUUAGAACUAUAAGGGACCUUAAAUGAGAUCUAGUUUAAUUCCCUUAUUCUACAUUUAAAGACGCAGAAUGUUGAACCAACUUGGCUAAGAACACAGAUGAUGGUAAAUAGCUGAACCAGAAUUAUAUCCCUGGUCCUUUCAGUCCAAUUCUUAUACUCUCCACUAUAUCAGUCACCAUUGUCUUAAGUUACUUUUUGUGGCAUUGAGUUUUUGCCUUAGAUUUCAAGUAUGUGUAAAACAAAGUGCUUUUUAAUUGCACUGUUCUUAUCCUCUAUUUGAUGAAUAGCAAACAGAAGCAUUUCAGUAUACCCCAAAACAGAAAGAAUUGAAAAUGAAACUAAUCGGUCAGCAACUAAUCAAUCAACACACAUUAAGUGUCUACUAUAUUGUCAGGCUUGUAGAACUAGAGAUACAGAAAGAGGCAAAAGACAAUCUCUGACCUCAGGGAGCUUACAGUCUUAUGAAGGAGACACAUGCAAAUACAUAUAUACAAAGCAAGGUACAUACACAAGAUAAAUUAGAAAUAGAUAACAAAGGGGAAGGCACUAGAAUUAGGGCUUGGGUAACAUUGUUUGCAUCUUUAAAGAAUAUAACAAGUUAAACACUUAGUUUUGAAAUUGUCCUAUUUGACUCUUGUAGAACUCCCUUCUAUACUUUUGUGCGUUUUUAAAAAAUGUUACAGUGACCUCCUUUUGCUUUUCUUGUUUGUUUUUGGUGAUGCUAUUGAUAGAUCUAGGCUCCUUUCCAAAAUCCCUCCCAAAAUUGGGAGAUGAAGGGAGCAAGAGGGAAGCUUUCCCUUGUAAGAAAUAAGACAGUAAAUUUUACCCAAAACAUAUCCGUCCAUUGACCAUCUCUAAAUAGAUCUUAGUGUCUAUCUCAGCCUUUUCCAUAUGUACCCCUACUCUGUAAAGCUCUGUAGCAGAAGGUAAUCACUGCAUUGUUUAGAAUUCUUAAAUCUUUCAAAGCUGUUUCUCUUUACAGUGUUGUAUUAUGUUCAUUAUUCUAGUUCUGCUCAAUUUGCAUCAGUUCAUGUCUUCAUAUUCUCUGAAUCCCUCCCUUUCCCCAUUUAUAAGAAAUGGUAAAUGGCACAAGAACUUAUGGAAAUGGAAAAUGGCACAAAUGAAAAAAGAAUAAAAUGGAAAAAGAAAAUGUAUUAUGUAUUGGUUAUUAUUCUUUUUAGUGGUAUAAAUGUACUUGCUAAUUUUGAUUGUGAUAAAUUUGAAGUUUUAAUUUGAUGUAAUCAAGGCUUUUUAUAUAAUUUCUUGCAUUUGUUAUUAACAGCAUCCAUAUUAACCCAACAGGUUUAUUUUAGUUUUUUUUUAAGUAAACAUAUUAAACAUUUUAAGAUGAAAUACUGUAUUGAAGCAUAUAACUAGUUGUUUUGUGUAUUAAUGUAACAGUCUUACUGAUUAGGAAAGUAGUUCUUCCAACUGUAAGGAAGCAACAUUGGUAGAUACAGUUUUGAAGUUUAAAACAUUCAAUAAAGUGUUGUUUUUGGAAAAAA